AUGGCGCUUCAAGGCAGCAAACUCUAUACUCGGGCAAUUCUUGCUGGAUCGUUCGGCUUCGUGACCUUCGGCUGGGAUGCUGGUGUGCUAGGUGGAAUCUUGCUGACACCGGAGUUCAUGUCUGCCAUUGGUAAUCCGACCGACACAUACCGAAUUUCCAUGGUCACAUCCGUGUUCCUGCUUGCAUCAUGGCUGGGCUGCAUGAUCAUUACAGCAUUUGGCAUGCGCUUGGGCCGUAGGACCUGGAUCCUUAUUGGAAAUGUGAUUGAGAUAGUGGGCACGAUCAUUUCCGCCACUUCCUAUAGCUAUGGGCAAUUAGUGGCCGGUCGCUUGAUCAUCGGCAUCGGAAAUGGGUUUCUGACUUCCAUGAUCCCCGUGUACGUUGCGGAGAUGGCGACCAAGAAAGAGCUGAGAGGCCGUGGUGUCAACGGAAUGAUUGCUGCGGCCAGCGUCGGUGUGUCGUUGGCAUACUGGGUGGAUUUCGGUAUGGUAUUCGCCCAUGGGACGAGCGCAGUCUGGCGCUUUCCUGUCGCUUUCCAUUCAUUCUGGGCCCUGAUCACCAUCGCGUUGUUCUGGGGUUUACCCGAGACACCUCGGUAUUUCUAUGCGACAGGCGAUGUGUCCCGUGCCGACGCGAUUCUGUCUCAGGUCUAUGGUGGCUCAAUCGACGAACCGCAUGUGCAGCACGCCAAAGCAGAGAUUCUUGCUUCUCUCGAGCUUGAGCGUCAAGACUCAGCAGCACUGAAAGUAACGGACUUCUUCUGGGAUACUUCCAGCCUGCAGACCGCCCGCCGUAUCCGAACUGGAGUUUUGCUGGUCGCGAUUGCGUACUUGAUGGGCAUCAACGUCAUCUUCUACUACACAACGACGAUCUUUCAGGUGUACAUUGGGCUCAGCCCCUUGACGGCAUCAGGCCUUGCCGGUGCGGCCAACACCGUGCUUGCCAUCACUAAUCUUGUUGGCGUCUACUUCCUGGAAAAGUUUGGACGCCGCAAGUGGCUGAUAACCGGAGCAAUCGGACAGACGAUAUUCAUGGCCGUUUUCUUUGGAAUGCUUGCGAAUCCUGGGCAAAAGACUGGCGCGGCAGCAGCAGCGAUGCUGUUCCUAUGGAUCUUCUUCUUUGCACCUACUUGGGGACCAGUCACUUACGUGUAUGCUUCGGAGAUCAUGCCGCUACGCUACCGCCACAUUGGCUUCGCGCUCAGUGUGUCCUCGCAGUGGCUUAUGGCAUUCGUCACCGUGUUCGCAGGUCCAAUUGCGCUCGCAGAUCCGAACGUCGGCUGGAAGGGCUGGAUCUGGUUCCUCGUCUUCAACGUCAUUGCGGCACCAUUCGUUUACUUCUGCUGCCCCGAGACCCGCGGGCAUACCUUGGAGGAGAUCGAUCUGAUUUUCAUGAAAGAUCAACUGAAGGACACACAAGCCGCCGAGACGCUCCGACACGGCGAUGUCAAGCAGCCGGAGGCUUCUGUGAUCCAAGAAGCAGCCGAGUCGCAGUCCCAGGAGAGCUCGGUAGGCGAGAAGUCGGUGGGCGAGAAGGCCUAA